AAAAGGAAACUGAAAGAAAGAGGGGAAACACUAUAAAAGAAGAGCCUGGCUGCUGAGAGCAGCCUCAGCUGUUCCAGCGGCUGCCCCUGCGGUGCCUCCCACAACCCAGCGUGUCCGGACCACUGAGCAGCCCCUGCACAGCCCAGCAGCAGCCGGGUUCGGGACAUGGCGGACGAGCAGGGCGGGGCCUCCCCCCUGGAGCUGUUCCACAGCAUAGCUGCCCAAGGGGAGCGCGUGAGGGCCCUCAAGGCGGGGCAGGCGUCCAAGGAUGAAGUGGAUUCGGCAGUCAAGCAGCUGCUGUCACUGAAAAUGGCCUAUAGAACUGCCACCGGGGAGGACUACAAGGUGGACAACCCUCCCGGGAACCUGGCGCCCGCGGGCGACGAUGCCACAGAAGCCAAGGAGGAUUUCGUGGACCCGUGGACGGUACAGACGAGCAGUGCAAAGGGCAUCGACUACGACAAGCUCAUUGUUCGGUUUGGGAGCAGUAAAAUCGACAAAGAGCUGGUGAACCGGAUCGAGAGAGCCACCGGCCAAAGACCGCACCGCUUCCUGCGCAGAGGCAUCUUCUUCUCUCACAGAGACAUGAACCAAGUCCUCGACGCCUACGAGAACAGGAAGCCGUUCUACCUGUACACGGGCCGGGGCCCCUCCUCCGAGGCCAUGCACGUGGGCCACCUCAUCCCCUUCAUUUUCACAAAGUGGCUGCAGGACGUGUUCAACGUGCCCCUGGUCAUCCAGAUGACGGACGACGAGAAGUACCUGUGGAAGGACCUGACCCUGGACCAGGCCUACGGCUACGCCGUGGAGAACGCCAAGGACAUCAUCGCCUGCGGCUUUGACAUCAACAAGACCUUCAUCUUCUCCGACCUCGACUACAUGGGAUCAAGCCCUGGCUUCUACAGGAACGUGGUGAAGAUUCAGAAGCACGUGACCUUCAACCAAGUGAAAGGCAUUUUCGGCUUCACGGACAGCGACUCCAUCGGGAAGAUCAGCUUUCCUGCCAUCCAGGCCGCUCCCUCCUUCAGCAACUCCUUCCCCCAAAUCUUUGGAGACAAGACGGACGUCCAGUGCCUCAUCCCCUGUGCCAUUGACCAGGAUCCGUACUUCAGGAUGACGAGGGACGUCGCCCCCAGGAUUGGCUACCCUAAACCAGCGCUGCUCCACUCGACCUUCUUCCCCGCGCUGCAGGGGGCCCAGACCAAAAUGAGCGCCAGCGACGCCAACUCCUCCAUCUUCCUCACAGACACAGCCAAGCAGAUCAAGGACAAGGUCAACAAGCAUGCGUUUUCCGGAGGCAGAGACACCAUCGAGGAGCACAGGCAGUUCGGGGGCAACUGCGACGUGGACGUGUCCUACAUGUACCUGACCUUCUUCCUGGAGGACGAUGACAAGCUGGAGCAGAUCAGGAAGGAUUACACCAGUGGAGCCAUGCUCACCGGCGAGCUCAAGAAGGAGCUUGUUGAGGUCCUGCAGCCCCUGAUCGCAGAGCACCAAGCCCGGCGCAAGGAGGUCACAGACGAGAUAGUCAAAGAGUUCAUGACUCCCCGGAAGCUAUUCUACGACUUCCAGUAACGCCUGUUCUACCUGCAUACCCUUCCCAACCCCCAGCCCAGUGGCCCACUACGCCAGGCCCCGCCCCCGGCAGUAACUGGGCCUGGCAUCUGGGUGUCCCAUGUGUCUGCCACCCAUGUGUCUGCCAACACUGUUUCUCUCUGUGAAUGUCACCCCUUCUGUCUCCCAAGGACGGAACCCUGUGCGCUGUUUAGAUGCCUGGAGGCGGGGUCUGGUCCUCUGGAGUCUCUCACAUAAGGCAGCCUCAGGCCACGGAGUUCUGGGGGCCGGUGCCCACUGGCCAGCCUGCUCUGGCCCAGAGGGGGCGUCCCGUGUGAAAACAUCUGCGGUUGCAAAUAGACUCUUACAGCCUCUGGCAAAAGGAGUCUGUGGGUGCACAUCUGGAAUCCAGGUGCCAUGAUCACAAAACUGGACAGUGCUCCCGACAGUCGGGGUGGGGAGUGUGAUGGGCACAGGAGUGUUUCAGCCCAUCGCCCCCGAAACCAAACGCGCUACUAGCGAGAACGAUGCUGUGUGUGUGACCGAGGCCUCCCAGCCGGAGAGUCACUUCUAACCCCGGGUUUCGGCUAGCGUGGGCCACCUCGAUUAAACGGAGUCCUUGUGGGAGAGACGUCCAGUUUACUUUCUCUGGACCACAUGUGUCCCCAGAAGUCACACCCCCCUGCACACAGACUCCACCCUGAGAGCCGGGCAGGGGCUGUCACCUUUGCAGACACUGGUCUCGGCACUUCCCCAGUGUGGUGGUCUGCGGGGGUGGGAGGCAUGGCUAGAGAGCACGCAGCAGCCCAGGUCGGCAGUACGCCCGCAGUUUGGGAAAGCCCCUCGGGAAGGUGCAGGGUCCACUCCUGAGCACUCUGUCCCCAUGUUGCUUGUUGGCCUAAAUAAAUUUCCUGUGUCCCA